GUAACAGGAGCCCUGAGCGUUUCCUCCUCUGCUCUAGUAAUGGCUGCAUGGAUUUCACUCCGACUUUUACCUGGGAGCAAGCUGCUGCUGUCAUGCCCCAUUUCCAGGGGACAGGCCUGCAUCAGGGGGGUGGGAAGGACCUCCACGACCCCGGGGGCCCUUUCUGCCUACCAGGACAAACUCCGGACCAUGGAGGACCUCCCACAUGUCAGGCAGCUGGAGCUGCUCUACAGGAUGGUGUUUCAGGGUUUCCACAACCGUCUGCAUGAGUUACAGAUCUUGGAGAAGCAGCUGUAUGGACCCAUUUACGUAAGUGGGUUUAAGGUGGUGGCUGUCAACUCCCCCCAGCUGCUGGAGGAACUCCUGAGGAAGGAUCAGAAGUUUCCCUCCAGAGGAGACAUGACCCUGUGGACGGAGUACCGUGACAUGAGUGGACUGGGAUAUGGACCGUUUACAGAGGAAGGAGAACGGUGGUACCAGCUGAGGGCGGUGUUGAACAAACGAAUGCUUCAUCCGAAGGACUCUGCUCAGUACGGCGGCAUCAUCAAUGAGGUCGUCGCCGACUUCAACAAGAGGAUCAGAUAUCUGCGCCAGCUCAGCCCCACAGGAGAUCUGGUUCCUGACGUCUCCAAGGAGUUCUACAUGUUUUCGUUAGAGGGGAUUUCUGCCAUAUUGUUUGAGACGAGGCUUGGGUGUCUGGAGGAGGAGAUCCCUGCUGGUACCGGGGAGUUCAUCAGCUCCAUAGCUCAGAUGUUUUCCUACAGCAUGCCUGUGGCCGCUUUACCAAAGUGGAGCAGAAGUUUGCUGCCUUACUGGAGGCGCUACAUCGCCGGCUGGGAGGGCAUCUUCAGCUUCGCUAAAACGUUAAUCAACAAGAAGAUGGAGGACAUUCAGCAGCGACUGGAUAAAGACCAGGAUGUUCAGGGGGGAUACCUGACCUACCUCCUCUCUUACACUCAGAUGAGCGCUAAAGACGUGUACGCCAGCAUCACCGAGCUACUCUUAGCUGGAGUGGACACGACCUCCAACACCCUCACAUGGACCUUGUACCAGCUGUCUAAGAACCCUAAGGUCCAGGACAGACUUUACGAAGAAGUGUCCACGUCUCUCCCAGCCGACCAGAUCCCCACCGCUGCAGAAGUCACCCGGUUACCUUAUUUAAGGGCUGUUAUCAGGGAAACACUCAGGAUGUACCCUGUGGUUCCCAUGAAUGGCAGACACAUGACAGAAAGGCCCGUUUCUGUUGGCGGAUACCUGUUUCCGGAAAAAACUUCCUUCGGGUUUUCUCACUACGCUAUGAGCUACGACCAAGAUGUCUUCCCAGAGCCGUUCACGUUUAAGCCGGAAAGGUGGCUCCGUGAUGGGCGCCAGAAGCCGAACCCAUUCGGAUCCAUCCCGUUUGGCUUUGGGGUGAGAGGCUGUGUUGGUCGUCGGAUCGCUGAACUGGAGAUGUAUCUGGUUCUGUUUCAGCUAAUUCGUCAGUUUGAAGUUAAAGCAAACCCCCGAACUGGAGACUUAAAGAGCAUCAAUCGCACCGUUCUGGUUCCAGACAAGAAACUCAAUCUGCACUUUGUGGACAGAGGAUGAAGAGAUCAGGUUUACACACCAGAAAGCAUCAAAAUUGUUCCUAUUUAUGAAAAAUCAGGUGUGUUUUGGUAGCAAUGGUAGUUGGCAAAGAGGCUGGAAUAAGAACCGAAUCGUUUUGUUUGUUUCUAAAAACAUUUUUGUGACGUUAUAAUCAAGUUGUCCAGUCAAAAAAUGCAUAUAUGAUGAUUUACAGUUAAAGUGCAUAAGUGGAUGAGAUUCAGAAUAAUAAAAUGUAAAUGAAUUCUGCUUUCUGAUUUAUUUCUUCAGAGUGAAUAAACAUGCGAAAGUUC